AAAUGCAGUUUUUAAAUCACAUGAGGCAUCAUCCAGGAGGUCUUAGGUGAGACAUGCUGCAUGCAUGCCUGGGCGCCUAAGUCUUGAAUCAGGCUCUUCAGACCAACAUCAUCUGCACAACAAUAAAGUCUUUUAAUUUGCUGACUUGAGGCUUAAGUGAUAGCUCAUCAGAUAGAUGAACUUUGUUCGUUCGCUGAUCUUCGAUUGUAAUCUGAAAAAGGCAGUACCGAGAGUUUACUCGGACUAUCAAUCUUAUAGCUUGCAUCUCAAAUCAUAGCGUCAUAAGCGACUUUAUGGUCUUGAUAGCAUAAUGCUGUGCCUUGACAUACCCGUUCCCCGCUGCGUCCAGAAACUCAUCUUUGAGCCACCGGUUUGCUUGUUAAAUGUGCAGGACAUCAAAGCCGUGAAUCUCAUCAGGAAGUUCGGCGACGAAUUUGGACGACGGAGAGACGAAAUCGACCAGGCAUGCAGUCUCGCAUCUGGCCCAUCCGACGUGGUCAUACUUCUGGAGCGACCGCAUGAAUCUCAAACUUACCACGGAACCUUUGGCGAGUUUGUGAAGCGAUGCAAGACGCUGAAGAGCGUUGAUGAACUUAUCAGAUUCAGCUCCAAGGGAGCUCGGAGUAUUCAUACUGUCACUGUCCUUGACGCAUUCUCUUUCAAACCCCGGGAUUCAACACCCAUUCCCUCAGAGCGGUGCCAUCAGCUGAUCGAGGAAAUCUUAAAACUUAAAAAGCCUAAAGUUGUUCUAUGUUGUUGGAAUCAACCUUGCGAACAGCCAUUUGUGGCUCGAUUCAAGUCGCACGGAGUUGGCACAUGGCCAUUUCGCCAUCAAGUGGACAUAGGGGGGUUUUCUAUAAUUGCAAUGCGAUCAUUCCAUCCAGCUGCGGCUGUCUGUUACGAUGAGUCGCGAAAGGCCUGUUGCCGAAUGCUGCUCAUCUGUCAUUUCGUUCUAGCAUUUGCUCAAUUGGCAGGUUCAGCCGUAGUCCCUGAGUGGAUGGAGACAGUCUGUCAAAAUAGCUCCACAGAAUACUUGGAAUCCCGACGCAAUGGUUCUAGAACCCUCGUUGAUCUAAUGAGGACACACGUCAUCUUAGGCAAUUUAUGGAAGAUGAUGGGAGUUGAGAGAGAGCGAACGACCUACCGGUAUCCAGUCUCCGAAGGCAGAUUUGCUGAACAUCAACGCCAGCAGGUAAACGCACUGUUGAGACAAUUACUUGCCUCAAACUACAAUAAAGGGGCCCAAGAUAUCACAAAACUCUGUCUUCUAUGGAAGGAUUACAAAUAUUAUGAGCCCUCCAGGCGGCAAGACAUACUCAGUCGAUUAAUAGAGCUUGGAAGCCAGCAAGGCUCGUACCAGGGCCAGGGGGCCGUUUCUACGUUUUCGUCCACUCGCAAAAGCUACUACGUUGGGUUUGCAGAUGAUGAAGACGAUGACGACCUUGAGAAACAGUUGGCUUCUUUGAACAUUCAUGAAAACACAUCAUCAGUGGACGAUGAAUUAGUGACUCUUGCACGGCUGCAAAGGCGACUUUCUCAUCAGAAAGACCACCUUCAGAGGAUCGAGAACGUCGCGACUGAAGUGCUAUCCCAUAUUCAGCUGAGUAUCAAGCUUCAAAUUACGAUUUUUAGCCAUGAUAGAGCCGAUCUCUCAAAGAUCAUUGCAGAACUAGCUAAAGACAUGUAUCGUUACCUGGAAGAGGUAACAGCACUUAUCACGGCAACACCAGCAGUUCUAGCGGGAGAAGAAGGCCUAGUUCACCACGAGGAACAGCCAAGAAGAUCCUUGGUCCAGCGUCCCGAUGCUCGCAGUAUUAUGGACUCUGUUAUCCUGGGUGUUGAAAUAUUAUCAAACCGGGCAUUUCGUUGCAUCAUACUUUGUUCAGGAUUAAUAGCCAAGGGGAGGAUUCUUUUUAGCCCAUCACAAGAUUCAAAUGAUGAUGUGAUGGACACAAUCUUCGACGUGCCCAAGAACCUUGAAGACAUGUCGGCGGGCAUUAAGUCUACUCUCGAUACUUUACUGAUUCUUCGGGAGCAACUGGACAAUCCUAACCAACUGCUCAAGCGUGAAAAUCAUGUCAAGCUACCGUAUGAAGACAAAGGUCUUGGUGCAUUAUAAAAACAAAUUCGGGAACGGGCUUCAUUACAACGGCCCUCUACAGAUUUAUAGUCGACGUCGUGAUAGGAUAGCUGCAAGAGGUUUUCAACGUUAUUGUCACGACAUUUUCGAGAAAUCAGAUCUCCUGCUAAGUAAUCAGCUCUGUCCGCUCGUC